AUGGCAACUCGAGCAAACUCAGUCGCUCAUCCUACCCUGGUCGAGGGUUUGCACAAUCGCUGGCACCCCGACAUCCCCGCCUUUGCAACCGUCAAGCCCGGAGAGGUUUUCAACAUCCAAUGCGUCGACUGGACUGGUGCUCAGAUUGGCAAUAACGAUAACAGCGAUGACAUCAAGAAUGUCGACUUGACCAAAAUCCACAACUUGUCUGGUCCUAUCGCCGUCGAAGGCGCUGAGCCGGGAGACUGUCUGGUUGUCGAUAUUCUAGAUGUACGACCGUUUGACAAGAUGCCGUGGGGGUACACCGGUAUCUUCGAGCUCGAGAACGGAGGCGGCCUCUUUGCCCGUGAAUUCAACAGCAGAGCCGCCAAAGCAAUCUGGGACUUCAAAGGCGUCUACGCAACAUCCCGACACAUCCCCGGCGUGCGCUUCGCUGGUGUCUCCCACCCCGGUUUAAUAGGCACCGCGCCCUCGGCGGAGCUCCUCGCAACGUGGAACGCGCGCGAAGGGGCCCUGAUCGCUGCGCACGCGGACGCUGUCCCGCCUGUUGCGUACGGCCCGAUUGAGAAGGGCGCAUAUGUGGGGCAGGACGGCAUUGGCGAGGAGGUGAGGCGGAAGAUUUACCGCGAGGGCGCGAGGACGGUGCCGGGGAGGGAACAUGGGGGGAACUGUGAUAUCAAGAACUUGUCGAGGGGCUCCCGCUGCUACUUCCCGGUCUUCAUCAAAGGUGCUAACCUGUCCGUUGGAGACCUGCACUUCUCUCAAGGAGACGGAGAACUCUCAUUCUGCGGGGCAAUUGAGAUGGCGGGUAUCAUCACAUUCAGCACCAGCAUCAUCAAAGGGGGCGUGGAGAAGUUUGCUCUCAAGCAGCCCAUUUUCCUUCCGUCGCCUAUUGAUCCCUUAUACUCAUCAAAACUUAUCUUCGAAGGUAUCAGCGUAGACUAUCACGGAGAUGGCAAACAAUACAACAUGGACGCUACUGUGGCCUACAAGCAGGCUGCGCUGAACGCCAUCGCAUAUCUCAUGAAGAUUGGGUAUACUCGCGAGCAAGCCUACCUUCUUCUAUCUGCUGCACCAGUCGAAAGUCACGUCGGGGCGGUCGUGGACUCGCCGAACGCAUGCGUCACGCUCGCGCUGCCUCUCGGCAUUUUUGAACACGAUAUCUUACCCAAGGAAGAGGGCUUGACAAAACUCGACUUUGGACAAUGCGCCAUCCGGAGUGACGGAGUCGUUUGAGUAUGUCUCAUAAUAUGGGACGAUGCAAGAAGUCAAUGUUACGCCACCGUGCUUUGUAUUAUAACACUUUCUGCUACAUAUGGGUACACAAGUUUUCACCACCCAAUCCCGAAAACGUCUAUCGUACAAACCAACAUGUCGGGUAUGGGUAUACCGCGCUCUUCGUCUACACACCCUUCUUCCCAAACGCCCCACCUAACAACCCGUGGAACUGAUCCCUCACGACCUCCUCAAGCACCACAUUGCGCGGCGCCGACACCUCCCACACAGCCUUGAGCGUCGUCUCCCCGCCGGGCACCUCGCACACCCACUCGAACCGCCCCUCCUUGUGCCCCUCGACGCCCCGGAACGGCGGGGACCACCGUGCCCUGAGCCCUUCGCGCAGCUGCACGCUCCUCCCGCCCCGACCAGCACCGGUGCCGCCGUCCGCACCAGCACCAGCAGCGCUCAAGCCCGCGCUGUGCUCGAGCCCCUCCGGCUCGCGCAGGCUCACCGUAAAGCGCUGGUCGUCCGACCUCGGCAGCGUCUCGCGCACGACGACGCCCGACACGGGGGCCGCGUGCGCGUUUUUGAUGGUGACGGUGCUGAUGUACGAGGUCGUGGUCGUGCCCGUGUAGUCGGCGAACGUGGACAUGGACUCGGUCUUGUUGCGCGCGUAGGACGCGGUGAGCUGCGGGUCGACGCCGAUGCAGCAUUCGAUCACUUGGGGUUUUGUCAGGCCGCGGAUGGUUCCGUCGGAGACGUGCUUGUCGUCCACAAAAGUGGCGAUGAGGCCGGGAAUGAGGUCGUACGCGCUGUUGUUCGUCGUGCCGCAGCAGUAAAACACCCUAGUAUCCACACUCGGCACAGCGAUAUGCAUAAACUUCGCCUCGAGCGUGACAAUAUCGAUGAGCACCUGGUGCGAGCGCCCGUCGCUGGGGAUGGACACCCUGUUCGGCGCCUCGUACACGACCGGGUUCUUGCCGUCCUUAGACGUCAUCCGAAUAUCCGUCUGUAACGCCCACAGCUCCUCCGCGGACUCAGCCGCUUCCUCAAGGACCACCGCUUCCCCGCCCGCCCGCGAAGGCGGCGGAGGCGGAGCAGCGGGUGCAGGGGGUUGAGCUGCAAAGGACCCAAAUGCACCGGGGGGAGGCUGAAUAACCACAGGUGGUAGAGCAGGCAUGCCCGGAGCCGGAGCCGGAGCUGGAGGCUGGGCGCUGGUCCCGCCAAAGAAACCGGCGGGCUGUGUCUGAGUCUGGGUACCGAACAGGGGUGGCGCUUGCUGCUGCUGGGGCAUCUGGCUGAAAAAGCCCGAUGCCUGGUUUUGCUGUCGCUGCGGUUGCCCGAAAAGGCCCGACGUCUGGUUUUGCUGGUGCUGCUGGGGUUGCCCGAAGAUAUUGCCGGCAUUGUUGCUGUUGUUGCUGCUGGUAUUACCAGCGCCGAAAGCCGAGCUUCCAAAUACCCCUGGCGCCGCAUUGUUGUUGUUGUUAUUCGCGUUGCCACUACCAAAGAGACUAAGUCCCGUCGGCUUCGCGCGGAUCUCAACGCGCUUGAGAUCGGGGAUCUUGAGCAGGUGCGAGGCAGACGUGGCGGCGAUGAACGCGACAGCCGCGUUGUCCCAGUCCUCGCCCGUGUCCUGCUCGAUACUGCACCGGAUGUGCAGCUGCACCGCCGCGGACGGCGAGCCGUUGACGGUAGUAGUGCGCAGCUCGUACUUGGGCUUCCACGACGUCUGGUCGACCAUAUACGUCAACGUGAUCUCCCCGCUAUACACCUCCGCCUCCCGCACCGUCGACACACUCACACACACCGCACUCGCGAGCUUCUCCCUAAGAUGCCGCACCCUCUUCGCCUCCUCCCGCAGCUGCCGCUCCACGUCCUCGAUCUCCCGAUCGAGCGCCGCGACGCUCUCGAGCCGGUCCUUGCCCGCGGUAACAUAGUCGUCGAAGAACGCGACGACCUGCGCGGGCUCCACCCCUGACCCGGACCCGGAGGAGGAGGCGGAAGACGGCGCGCGGCCCUCGGCGAGCGUGCGCAUGAACGUGGAGAGAAAGUCGAAGCCCUGCUGCUUGAGCCGCCGCUCGUCCUGCAGCUGCAGGCGGCGCUGCGUGAGACUGCGCUCGAGCGCGCUUGGCUCGUCCGCGUUUGCAGUGCCCGCGUUGGCGCUGGGGCUGGCGUCGCGCCUGGUGCUGUGGAAGUCGAGCAGGGCGAGCUGCGCGCCCGUGAGCGACGCGCGCAGGGAGUAGAGCUGCGUGGGCAGAUUCGUGAUCUCUACAUCUAUCGGAGUCGACUAU